UUAUAAGAUAUGCAUAUGAAAUGUAUAUACGACAUUGGUCCACACUAAUUAAUAAUUUGACCUGUGACCUUUGGUGACCCAUAUAAUGACCUUUGGUAAGUAUUUAAGCUGUAAUAUGGUAUGCAUAUGAAAUGUAUAUGAUAUUGAUUGACAUUGAUUAAUAAUUUUACUUUUGACCUUUGCUAUAAUUAUAACUCAUCACUGUUAUUAGAUGUUCAUAUGACAUGUACACCAUAUUGAUUGACAUUGAUCAUGAUAACCAGUUUAACCUUUCAACUUUGAUGACCCAGAUAAUGACCUUUUGUAUAAUUUGUCACUGUUAUAAGAUAUCCAUAUGAAAUGUUUACAACAUUGGUCCACAUUAAUAAAUAAUUUGACCUGUGACCUUUGGUAUAUAAUCAAACUGUAAUAUGAUAUGCAUAUGAAAUUAAUACGAUAUUGAUCUUUGUUAUCACAUUGAUGUACGUGUAUCGUUGUCAUAUUUCAGAUACAGAUAUUUGAUAAUCUUGCAUUAUUUUAGCUUUAAACAGUGUUCUCUUCAUAAAUUAAAUGUAUCGAUCCAUAUAAUUUUGGAUGUAAUUCAGACUUUAUUGAUACAUUUAUUUCAUAGGUUGCAUAGAUUCUAUACGAUUAUUUAAAUGUAUAUUUGUAAACGCUUCAUUAUCAUUAUUGUUAUGGUGAUAUUUUUCAUUUUAUUCUGAAAAAAAUGUCAAGAACUGGGUCCUUAGUGUUUCUUUCUUAUUCUUCCACAAAUUAUGUACUGAAGGCCACAUGGUCAAUAUUUGAAGCUUUUGUUAGAGUUACCUCCCUUCGUACACACGUUACACUUUCAGAACGGAGAACGUAAAUUAGUACUAAUCAGGUUGGCGAAGAAUCUUUUAAGUGUCAUAAUUAAUGUUGCCAUGCAUUUAUCUCGACAUUUAAGGGUGUUUUGGGUAGGUAUAUGGUGUUUUUAGGUGGUUUUUGAGUGUUUGAGUGUAUUUUUUGUGUAAAUCGUCGCGCCACCCGUGGUUGUAAAAUCUCAUUAACUUCUCCAGUUACCAUGUUUACAACUGUCAGAACUGUAUACACAAACAAACUGGCAUUUAAUGUAGAUUAAAUAAUGAAAAUUUUGGUACAGAUACAAAGACUUUUUAUGCAGAUUUAUGAGAGGAAAUUUUCACUAGUCAGUGACAUGGAGUAGCUAGGCCUGACCUGAAAACUACUAGCCCCGGGCGUUGGUCUAGACUCUAGUGGAAUUGUACACCCUGUGUGAAUCGACCUUGGGUAAUUACUGAAGAUGACGUCACUAUAUAUAUCAGUUUGACCAUGCGCUAAAUAGCCUCGUUCGGGCGAAUAUUUACUUCCUCGAUCGAGUCAAACUCGGGGUCUGGAGAAAAUGCCAAAACGAAAGAAACCACGAAAGUUCUCAAGUAUAAUCCAAACUCAACAGGUAUAAAAGAAACAAUUCAAAAUGGCCACAAAAGAAGUAGUCACAGAAAAUGAAGAGGAAGCCUUUGGCGCCCAAAAUGAGUUGGCUUCGUAUCUGGAUGAUGAGCUUGAGGAGGCAGAGUUCAAUAAACUGAAGAGUCUGUUUAGGAAAUGUCCAAUUCCUCCAAGAAAACUUCAGAAUAUCAAAACUAUGACAGAUCUAUUUCAACAACUUGAGAAUGAUCAGAAAAUAUCUGUGGGAAACUACAAGUUUUUUACAGUAAGAUUGGAAAAAAUUCAGUCUAGGCUGGCUACUGAAGUGCAAAGAAGAGAGAGAAGGAUUAAAGAUAUCCUGAAUAGCGGUCCAUCACCAGCUAAACAACAGGGGACAGGAGAUGAAACCCAACAACAACCUCCAGAAGAAACAAAAGAUAUGAUCAAAGAAGAAAUAGAAAAGAAAAAGGAAAAAUUCCUGAAGACCAAAGCUUUCCUCGAUGCUAAAGACAAGCUCCAAAAGAACAGAGUUCUAGUCAUCAAGGGAAACACGGGAGAUGGCAAAACUUCUACCGCCAUUCAACUCCUUCAUUGGCUGAUAGAGGAGCAGCAAUGCAGAGAACCCCGUCAGCUUUUUGACAUUAAGGAUUUUGAAUUGAUGACUUCUAAUUCUAAUCUUGUUACUUUUAUUGAUGAUAUUUUUGGUGAGGAAGAUGUAGGUAGAAUUGAUGUACAAGAAUGGAACAAAAGGCUCAAACAUGUACAAAGGCUUUUUGUUGGUGAACAAAUCCAGGCCAAUUUUUUCCUCAUUACAAUUCGUAAUGAAAUAUUUAAUGCUUUGGAAAAGAGUUCUUUGGGAGAAAUUUUCAUUCAAGAUAACAUCAUUGAUCUGAGCUCAGGUGGGUACAGAAUUACAGAAGAAAAAAGGAAACUUUUAGAGAUGUAUAAGCCAGACAAUUUCUCAUGGACAGAGGAAGAAAUAAAAAACAUUCUAUCUUAUGCCCCAAAUAUUGGAUUCCCAAAAUGUUGUCAGCUUUUCAGAAGCCUUUUCUGCAAGUCUGAUGAUGAUCAUGAGUUGCAGAAAACACGAAGUGGUUUUUUUAUGAAGCCUGUCAAAUUUUUGAAAGAAGCAUUUUCAAGGUUACCAGAAUGUUCUGCCAUUUUGUUUCUGUUCCUCAAUGGCGGGGAGAUAAAGGUAACAGAUCUAGACCCAAAUGGUGAUAAAGUAAACAAACCAUUGUUAGAGGAAGCUUUUGAUAUUGAUUUGGUUGAUGGUGAAGUUGACAGAACCUCAAUGACAUUUAAGAAAAAGGUAAGAUUUGUGAAAAAAAGUUUAGAAAGUUUACUAGGAUAUUUAGUAAGGAAGGAGAAAUAUCAAUUGUCUGGUGAUGAAGUGUACAGAUUUGAUCAUUACUCUAUAUAUGUCACAGUAGCUCUUUUGUAUGGAGACAAAACACCAGUUGGUUACAUACGAAAUUGUCCAAGAAAUUUCCUUCGUUAUAUAACAACCUCAAAAACAUUUGAAAAUAUGGUUGUCAUAUCAUCUGAUGAUUAUACAGACAUGUGUAAACGUCUGCUCCAAGAGUUUCAGUGUGAGGUGCCAGAGGUGAUACCUUUUAAUGACAUAAAAGAUUCAUCCACCUGGAUAGACAAUUUUGUUAAGAGAGAUGGUUUUGAAAAAAUAAUUAUUAGUAUUGGCUCUCUAGAUGUAUGGAAAAAUCCUGUCUUUCUUGAGGGAUUUUUCGAGUUGUUAAAUGAGAGAGAAGUUAAUAAACUUGAGGUGCUCAAUAAAGCAUGUUACUUCUGUGCUGAAGAAUGUGCUUUAUAUCUUCUGCAUAAGGGAGUCCAACCUGACAAGGACACACCAUUGUGGUCAUUGAUUACAAGAGGUGGUCAUGGUAAGGGAGAUGUGGAUGUACUUAAGAAAGUUUAUAGCUACAUGAAUGAUGAGGUCAAGCUUGACUUGUUAAAUAAAGCAUGUGAUUCUGGUUCAGAAGAAUGUGCUUUAUACCUUCUGUGUGAGGGAGUCAAACCUGACGAGAACACCAAUUGGUGGUCAUUGAUUACAAGAGGUGGUCACGGUAAGGGAGAUGUGGAUGUACUUAAGAAAGUUUAUAGAGACAUGAAUGAUAGCUACAUGAAUGAUGAGGUCAAGCUUGACUUGUUAAAUCAAGCAUGUGAUUCUGGUUCAGAAGAAUAUGCUUUAUACCUUCUGUGUGAGGGAGUCAAACCUGACGAGAACACCAAUUGGUGGUCAUUGAUUACAAAGGGUGAUGUAUUGUUUGGCAAAGGAGAUGUGGAUAUACUGAAGAAAGUUGUUAAAUACUUGAAUGAUGAGGAAAAACUUUCCUUGUUAAAGAAAGCAUGUCCUGGUUCAGAAGAAUGUGCUUUAUAUCUUCUGUGUGAGGGAGUCAAACCUUAUAAGGACAUACUGUUACAUGUGGUGGAGGUGGGAAGUGUGAAAUUCUUCCGUGAACUACUUCAGCAUGAUGUCUCUCUAACAGUGACGAAUCAGUCCAAUGACAAUGUCCUACAUGUGGCGUGUAAGUAUUAUAGGAAAGAGAUGGUGUCAAUGCUUUGUGAAGAUUAUCCACACUUGGUACAUGACACUAAUCAUGCAGGACAAACCCCACUUAAUUUAGCAGCAGAGAAAGGAAACUGUUCUAUAUUCAAGUUAGUGGAGAGAACUGUACUUAACUCUUUGUGUAGAGUUGAGGACGAACAACACAAGUGUGAGACAGAAGAUGGUCGUGAGGUCCAUAGGAGUUGUGCGUGUAGUCAGUACAUGUCGCAGUUAGUGGAUAAGAAUGGCUGGGAGAUAGAUGAUAAUAGGGUUGAAAUUAGAAAUCCUCACAAAUGGUUAUAUGGAAAUGGAAGGGAGUGGACAAUAUUACAUGAGAGUUGUGCGGGAGGUAGCAGGGAGCUUUUCGUUUAUUUAUGUGAGAAAUACCCAGCACUGACCACAGUUGUAGAACAUGACAAGCGGACAGUGUUACAU